CUUCACCAUAUUAUUUCUUGUCAGUGCACUGAAAAAUCUACACAUGUGUACAUAUGAUACCUCUAAGAAGCAACAGAAAGAUGCUUAAGAAAAACUGGAAAAAUAAAGGUUCAUUACCUUUUACAUAACAUUGUCAUUCAAGUGUGGCAUAAACAGGGACUAGCUUAACACCUCACAGACAUGGUAUAACAUUUCUGCUCAAAAUGAACAGACACUGCAAAUAGUCUCUGAUUCAAAGGCAAUGACUGAGACACCCUUUCUUUGAGAGGCGCUGUCACAGUUCCAAACAUGAAACUCUACUGGCUUAUGAUCUCGGCUGGAACACUGUUUUUGAAUACAGUCACUGCUGACUGCAACAUAACUUCCCAAACUAUUGCUUGUGAGGAGUCUGGAAAGAACAUCUUUAAUAUCUCUCUCAAACUUUUUCAAAAUAUUACUAAAUUAAGCCUCAAAAACAAUAAAAUCACUUUAGAAGAUCAUGACAAAGAGAUUCUUGGACAUUUUAUCAACCUCACUGAACUUCAUCUGAAUGAAAACAACAUUACUGUACUGAACAAUAACAGCUUCUACAAUAUGAAAAAUCUCGUAACUCUGGAUAUUAGCAACAACUGUAUUAGCACAGUUCAUAAAGCAGCAUUUGCAGGAUUGAAUCAACUCUCAGUGUUGAAUCUGUCCUAUAACACGAUUGCUCAGCUGGAUUCAGACACAUUUGCUUCUUUAGAAAGUCUGACAGUUUUAGAUCUACAGUAUAAUUUCCUGAAAUAUUUUCAUAUAAAAUCAUCUUUUAAACCAAUUAAAAUUGUUUUAGCUGGAAACCCAUUGAUCUGCUGUGACCUCCUUGACUUACAGAUAUGGCUAACUGCCUCCAAUGUGACAUUGGAAAAUGAAAGCAACACUACAUGUACAUUGCCAAACAAGGAUAAAAUCUCCAUCAACAUGGCAGCUAUUCAAACAGCUGACUGCAAAAUUGAAAAGACUUCUUUAGAAAACACUGCAACUUCCACUCCUGCUGUUAAUCUUAGAAGUAGUGCCUUAAUAACAGCUCUGACUCCAAACAACAUCACUGGAAACAACGGCACUCGUGCAGAGUUACCACUUGUUGGCAAAAGCUGGACCUUCCUAGCGGGUGUCCUAGGGUUUGUCCUAAGCACCACACUCCUGAUUUUUACUGCUGUAAAAUGCCCGGCAUGGUAUCACUACUUGAUCAGCUACCGUCACCGUCGUCUGAAAGAAAAUGAUUCAGAGAUGUUUGAACAGGAGUUCUCAGCUGACAUGAGUCCUUCUCCUUCAGUAUCAGGUACAAGCAGUGAAGAACCCAUUGUAAUAUUUGAGAAAGUUCAUGCAUGUGGAGACGAAGAAGAUGGAUUCAUUGAGGAUAAAUACAUAGAUGUUUAUGUAAAUGAGGAGCGUUAAUGUCUUAAAUGACAGAUGCUGAACUGACAUUUCAAAAUGUAGGACACUUCUAUUUUAUGCUUUGUUACAUACAAUACAGAAUGAAAUCAUUCAGCCUAUCUCCUCUCAUCUUGCCAAUUCCAUAACAAGAUUUUGCUGCAUCAAUCAUAAAGUUAAAAACGGGGUCAUAUGCAUGCAUUAUUAGCACAACAAAUACUUCAAAACAUGCAAAAAAUACUCAUAAUCCACUUUUUAUAAAAAUGUAUUUGGCUACUUGAAUUGGUGGGCUUAGUGUAUUUUGUUUAACAUGAACAAAGUAGCAGGUGAAACAGGCAUAAUCAUUAAUGUUUCAUUGCAAAGAGGUCUAGAAGAGAAAAAUAAUUUCUCUAAAAUGUUGAAGCCAUCCACAGCUAGACUGAGAGCUGGCUCCAAAUCAAUGGUGUAACAGCUCUGUAGUCUAUUAGGCAAAACUAACACAAUCAGAGAGUGGAGCAUUUGGGUAUAUUUUUACCCAAAUUAGCAGAGAAAGAAAGACCAACUGCUGUAUUCCCAAAAAUGUUUAUGUACAGUGCAAUGAUGAAUUAGCCUUACUGCACUGCUACCGAAUCAAGUAUUUUCUCUUCAUAUUUUCUUAACACUUAAAAAUGCGUUCAGGGUAGAACAGACACAUUUGUGAAUUGCUGAAAACUACAGUAUUAAUGCAAUGUGACAUUAUUAGCCAGCAAGCUGGUUGCUUUGGAGUGCUUAUUGGUACAUAAAAUCUCAUUGCUGAGAUUGCUUUCACUGGCAACAAGCAGGAUCAUACAGCUUUCUCCUGCACCUCUCUUGUGCCAAAAUUAAGUAUCUCAAAAACUCACCCUCUGAGCCUAUCACUACACAAGCCAUUUUCACAGCUUACAAAUUCUUAUUGCAAGCACGUCACCAACCUCAUCUUUCCCUCUACACAACCCUACUUUAGCAGUCAGACAAAGGUCUAGUUCCCACUCCCGCUUGCUUUCUUCACUCUGCUACUCCACGACAAAACUCCCAAAACUGACAGCAGGUUGCCGAAAGACAGGAAUCUCCACAGCCAGCUAACUCUUCCUGGAUGGCAAGGCCAUUAUCUUCAGAGGAGUAACUAGAGUUUAAUACCAGGAACUCCAGCUGCAACCCGGCAGUAAUGUAUCAUCUUGAAACUGUUCAGGUAUCACUAGUGAUAUACAUUGCACCAUUAGGGUGCAAUUCUCCCAAGCUGAGUCAUGAGAAGUUGAGUUAUUCAAAGAUGAAAAACAUACACUUAAUGUACUUACGUUUGUCUUUCUGUGAAAAUUUUAUCUAUACUCUGAGCGUCUCGGUCAUUCUGAACCUUUAACUUAAAAAAAAACCACAAACAACUGAAAUACAAUCAAGUUUGUAAUAAAUCAUGCAAUCAUAUAGAUUGGAAAACACCUCUUAACAUGAUUAAGUUCAACACUUAACACUGACAAGUCCAUCAUUAAACCACAUCCCUAAAUACAAUAUGUAUACAUCUUUCAAAUACUUCCAAAGAAAUUGAUUCAGUUACUAUUUCUGUGGGUUCUAUUCCUAAAACACUUAGUAAUGUACUGUUUAAAACUACACAGAUAGGAUGAAAAACAUUCUUCUCUUUAUGACACAAACAUUGUAUCUUUAUUAUUCAAUGAAAUUCAAGCAAAAAAAAGUUGCUUUGACCAAGAAACAUUCAGGUCAUUUUUCAACUUACCAAAACAACCUUUACUGAAAGUGAUUUCUUUUCCUUAUGGACAAACUGAUCAUAAGAAAUAAAAUAUGCAUGAUGCCAUUCAUGCCUUAACAUCUAGAGGAUGUGUUAGAAAAUAAAUAAGGAAAGCAAAGGAAGAACAAAACUCUUUGAUUUUUUUAAUGGCUAUGUCAUAGAUGUAUUAAAUAUUUUUUACACUGGAGACAUUUAAAAGGCUGAAGAAAAAAAGAGAACAUAAUGUCCAGAAUACCAGGAAGCUUUACCAGGCAGUGGAAUCUCUUUAAAUUUGCCUCUCCUAAGACAAGUGUUCUGAGCUCCCAAAAAAGAAAAAAAAUAACAAAGAUAUUUUAACACUCAUAAUUUGGAUUGGGAUAACACCCUUCUCAAAUUUAAAUCAAGGAAAACUAUCACAGGGCUGUUAAAACAAGACUUCAGGCAAUUGUCUUACUGCUAACAUGUUGCCAACAUUAUGAAUAAUUUAACUGGAAAAAAAUGGCUAAGUUUUAAGUCAGUGCUAAUGCUUUUUUAGAUAUGUCACACAUUCACAGCACCAAGAAAAUAACAUAUCAUUUCACUGUUAAAACACAGAAAAUAUCUCAAUUCUUACCAUAUUGUAAUCACGGAUCACUUCUGCCAUAUCUGUACUGGUGUUAAGUAUAUCCACAACCUGAAACAAGACAGAAUUCCAAUCUGUUACUGCUCUCCUUUUCCUUAAAAAAACCAAUCAAAUGGUUCAAGAAAACACAGAAAAUUUUGGUUAUUGCAAAUGGAAAAAACAUGAUUUGGGAAUCUGAAUAGGUCACGUGUCAUUUUCAGGAAUAAUCAUCAUUAUAUGUCGCUGUUCUAAGCACUAACAUAUUACACAGCACUGAUUUCUUAAAUCUAUAUGCAGACGCUUCUCCUAACUUUAUAGUACACUUUUUGUUUUCCUCUGUUUUCAUUUCUUUCCUUUCCAACAACUGAAUAAAGUCAGUAUUAACCAGUAUACUUUUACACAGAAAUGCCAAGAAAUUAUUUGGAAUAAAGCAAAAGCAUUACAACGUAAGUAAGAGAAUAAGUGGGAGCAUUCAGUAUCAAAGUUUGACAGCAGCAUACCAUGUUGAAGUCUGCUAGUUGACCUUGAAGAUCUUUGAUUUCACCAGCUAAAGCCUCCGCCCUAAAUAUGAAACAAAAAGUCAAACUUCAAAUGGUAACAUUUGCACAUGUAAAAAUAAAACAACGAAAAAUUGAA